CCUCCUGGGCACUCCUGCCACGUCGCUGAUCCAUCCGCCGGCUUCCUUCCUGGGCUGCUUUCCAGCCCGGCCCCGGCAGGAGGCCGGCCUGGCAACCGAGCAAGGAGAUUGCCAUGGAGACUGGGCUCGCCCGAUGCCAACACAGCCGCGGAGCCAGGAUCGCAGGCGCACAGGCGAGAGGGUCCAGGUGGAACGGAAUCCUCAAGUGAAUUGUGCGUGAAGCGGAAAAGUCUCGUCUCGACGCAAACCCUCCGAGCGCAGAAUGGCGGCGAACGCUGGUGCCAUCGAGAAGCUGCGGGUGAAGUGUCUGCAAAGAGGUGCUUCUGGCAUCAAGGGAGUGGCAAGGUUUUUCCGCAUCAUGGAUGACGACGGGAGUAAGUCUUUGGACCUGGAGGAGUUCCUGAAGGGCCUCCAGGAUGCCGGAGUCCCUUUGGAGCGAGGGGAAGCCCAGGAGAUCUUCAGCCUCUGCGAUAAGGACGGGAGCGGGACCCUGGACUUCAACGAGUUCCUGAAGAUCCUGCGGCCCCCGAUGUCUAAGGCCAGGAAGGAGAUCAUCGCGGCUGCAUUCCAGAAACUGGACAGGACUGGGGACGGAUUGGUGACGGUGGAGGACCUCAGAGGCGUCUACAACAGCCAGUCCCACCCCAAGUUCAGGAGCGGCGAGUGGACAGAGGAACAGGUCUUCCGAGCGUUCCUGGACAGCUUCGAUUCCCCGGACAAAGACGGGAAGAUCACACCGGAGGAGUUCCUGGACUACUACAGCGGAGUCAGCGCCUCCAUCGAUGACGACGGGUAUUUUGUGGACAUGAUGAAGGCGGCCUGGAGGCUGUAGCGGUGCCACGACGGGGAGCCCAUCAGCCUCCGCACUGCUCCCGCCGGCGAAGGGCACGGGCGCCCGCAACAGCUGGCGCGCAGGGCAGGGCCAAGGCCGGACGGCCACUGUCUGGCGGAGGCUUCCCAUUCCCCGCCCGCAGGUGACGUCCAAACAUACGUAGAAAGCGGCUUGCACUGUAGAGAGGAAGCCCGGCUGCCCCACAGCCUCCUCUGCCCUUCGCUGCUUGUGGGGAGAGCAUUAGAAAUGCUAGUUGGGAUGAAGGGGUCUUUCACCCUCGUUUAGGCCUGGCCUGAGGCUGCAGCCUCGUAGAUGCCGCCCCAGCUGUGCUUCCUUGUGUCGAAAUCGCGAAUAAAGCCUGCGUCUGAUACAGA